AGCAAUUGUUGACCCGGAAGAUAUGCUCGAUUAACAGCAUGGAAACCGAUGGAAACGUGCCGGCGAAACAUAAUAAUUCACCCGCUAACAGAUCAAUAUCCAGUUUGAGUUAAUACAACUAGCCAACCAGUGCAGUUGUUGAUGUUGAAGACAGCCAGGACGUGAUCUUGGACAUACCAGCUUCCUUAUUUAAUUGCGGACUCUCUACAAGACUAUGGAAACUUCAUUAGUAGGCUGUGUCAAGAGAAAGAGGGAGCCUUCCCCAACACAAAAAAGCCGCAAACGGGUGAAAGAGACCGAAGGCAGCCUCUCCAGUUCCCCAUCUCCAGGGCUCUCUGUGCCGUUUCACCGUUUCCAGGAGCCGGUCACGUUGAAAGAUCUGACGGAACUGCUCCAGUACGCUGUUCUCGGGAACACCAUGGGGCUGAAUCCACCUAGUUGGUGUCGUCUGCACCACCAGAAGAGGGUGUCAGGGGUCAGUGUGGUGGUUCUGGAUGGACUGAGCCAAGCCCACUUCUACAGACACUACCUGCACUUCAGACACCUCCGCACCAACUACACCUGUAGACGGAGUUACACUCCAUCGCUAGGCAACGUAACAUCAGGAAUUUUCAGCAGUGAAGUGGUUGGGACCCAGAAUCCCUCAGUGAUUCCUGAAGGCCAACAGAGCGCCCAUCCAGAGGGAGGUCUGCAAUGGCAUCCAGUGAUCAGGCAGUUUGGUCUGGAGACCAGAGGGUUGACUGGAUAUCUGCUGAGUCCUGAAGAAAUGAUCAAGAACCACUUUCCUGUCCACGGUGACAGACACACACACAGUAUGCCGGGCACUGAGGGUUUCGUCAGUACAGACAGUUCUACCAGCGUGACUGACUGUAGUCCUCUCUACGGUCUGGACUGUGAGAUGUGUCUGACGAAGAACGGGAAUGAACUGACACGUGUCUCUCUGGUGGACUGCAAGGGGAGUUGUGUUCUGGACGAGCUGGUCAAACCUCCUAACCCCAUCUUCCACUACCUCACAAAGUUCUCUGGUAUCACCCCGGCGAUGCUGAAACCAGUCACCACCACGCUAAGAGACGUCCAGCUGAAGCUGAAGAAAGUGCUUCCACAGGACGCGGUGCUGGUUGGCCACUCCCUGGAAAAUGACCUCAGGGCCCUGAAGCUGAUCCACUGCCAUGUGAUUGACACCUCACUGCUCUACCGAAAAGAGUUUGGACAGAGGUUUAAACUCAAGGUGCUGGCUCACAUUGUGCUAAAGAAGGAGAUUCAGAUGGAGGACAGACUGGGUCAUGAUCCCACAGAGGAUGCUCUGGCUUCGCUGGAGCUGGCCCAGUACUUUAUACGCACCGGACCACGAAAGGUGGUGGAGCUGUUCUGUGAAGAGCUGUGGGGGAAAAGUCUCGCCAUGUACCAGCCUCCCGUCAGCACGCCAACCCACGGCAGCCCCAACCUCCGGUUUGACGAGGCCCUGAAGACUUAUGGAAAAUCAGUAGUGUUUAUUGGGAAGCGCUCUGACAUCACCCUGGCUCUGUCCAACCAGCAGUGGCAAAGCUCAGAUAGAGAGGUACUGUCCUCCUUCAGAAGAGGACUAACGUCUCGCUCGUUCAGCGUUGUUCAGUUCUCUUCCUUCUCUGAUCAUCUGAAGUCUACAGACUCUUCUGAACAGCACUAUAAGCAGAUGUCUGUGCGUCUGAGAGAGAUGUGUAUGGUGUUUGCUGGCCCGUUGCCUAGCGACUACACGGAGAAGCAUGUGAAGAGGCUGUUUAACAGAUGUGGACUCGUCAGAACCGUCAGGCUGCUGAGCGCUGACCAAAGAGUGCACGCGGAGGUGGAGUUCGAGCUGCUGGAGGGAGCUGUGCUGGCUCUGGAGACCCUCGAUGGAGCACAGCUGCACACUGGACACAUUAUCAAGGUCCAGAGGCCUGUGAAGGAGUCUAUGCUUGAUUUUGAGGUCUAUUUGAGUUCCUUGCAGGAGGACCUGCUAAAUGCUAACGUCAUUUACGCUACAGGGCUAAAGGCUAAUGGUAAAACGACCUGCCAUACAACCCAAGUAAAUGGGACUUUGCUGGAAACUGAGGCUAAUACAACAAUCAAAAGCAAUGUGAUAGGGCUAAAUGCUAAUGUAGCAGAGUUCCCAGCUAAGGUCAAUGGCUCUCAGCCACAUGCUCAAGCUAACCAUUCAGUGCCCUUCGCAAAAGGCAACGGAACUUUGCAAACUACUCAAGCUAAGCUAGCUGAAGCAAAUAGUACCGGGCUACAUGGCAAAGCAAAAUUCGCUAAGCUGUCAUCCGAAGUCAAUGGAACUGUGCUCCGAGCUAAAGCUAUGCUAGCAAAGAUAUCAGCCGAAGCAAAUGGAGCAAAGCCAAGCGCUAACUCCGCAGGACCCUCUGAACAGGACCUCUGUGAGGCCUUUGGGCACUACGGCACAGUCAAGGGUGUUAUUUUACCUCCAAAACACUGUGGUCAACGGAAACGCAGGAGACACGCGUUCAUAAAGUACGAUCAUCCUGGCGCUGUGGAGGCGGUCCUUACCUCACCUAUGGAACUCUGGGACAUGAAGGUGAGCACCUGCAGGGCCCUGACCCCUCCCCACCUACGCUCCUGGGUUACUAUGGCAACCACAAGGCUGGGGCGCGACUAUGAAGAAACACCUGACACGUCUUCGCGCGAAAUCGGAGGCGAGGAGCAGGUGGAGGUUGCUCCUUUGAUGAGGAGGUUGGACCGCCGCGUGGGGAAGCUGUUUCGGGCUCUUCCUGAUAACACCCUCAGUCUGGUGCUGUUGCCUGGAUACAUCAGUUCCCACGGUGAUAAUGUUCCUGGCCUGUGUUUCCUGCAUGUGAAACGGUGAUCGGUACCUCUGGGUGACCAAUCCCAUGACACGUAAACAUUCUUGUUCCACCGUCUUUAUGUGCUGCAAAUCCAAAGUAAUGGAGUGUUGAGGGACACCUUGGUCUUUUAGAGGCUGAAGAUAUCCUGAAAUACAGAAUAAAAUGGGAUAAUGAAAAAUGUUUUUACUUUCUUAAAGAAAAUUUGUUGUUACGAUAGAAUCAUUUGUAAUGUAAAUAGUUUUAAAUAAAAAAUAAUUCGGAAAUAUUAAUGUAAGUGAUC